AACCGUUUGCAAAACAGUACUCUUCGGUUCGUAUUUAGUAAGACGUACCGGCGGGUGUGCUGUCAGUUCUUUGAUUUGUGUCUUGGGAGUAAAAAAAAAAUUAUCGGUUUUGUGCCUAAAGUGUUUAUAAAAAAAUUAUUAUGGUGAAGUUAAUUUUUUUGGCUUUAUUACUUUGGGCCUUCAAAAUGGUGAAAUCUCAAACUGACGCCCCCAUUCAGCCCUUGCAACCAAAUUUCGAUUCUCCCGCCGUUUUCCAGGUGACCCAACCUGUGGAUCAUUCAGAAGGACCCAUGUGGGAUGAAAGAAAAAACCUUUUAUACUACGUGGACAUCCACUCCGGAAGGGUCUUGAGCUACAACUACAAUACGAAAAAAGUGAACUUUGUGACCCUCAAGGGUGCAGUUACCCCGGUAAUUCCCUCUAAAAAGGACGAGAAUUUACUCAUUGUGGGUGUGGACAGGUCAUUAGUUGCGAUCGAAUGGGAUGGGGAAAAGGAACUUGGAAAUCAAAGGACUCUGACAACAGUGUCCCAACAAUUCCCAACCAGCCGAUUUAAUGAUGGAAAAGCGGAUAGACAUGGAAGGGUCUGGAUUGGUACCAUGGGUUUUGAAAACCCCCAGACCAAAUCAGUAGACCCCAAUCAAGGAAUACUCUACAAAAUGAGCAGAGAUUCCUUGCUCAGCCCUAAAGUAGAGGUUGCCCCAGUAAACAUUAGUAACGGCUUAUGCUGGAACAAAGCCAAUAAUAAAAUGUAUUACAUUGACACCCCCACGCGAAAGGUUAUUGAAUAUGACUAUGAUGACGUUAAGGGGGACAUCUCAAGCCCAAGGGUAGCCAUAGACGUUUCAAAAUUCCCCUCUGUAGCAGGAAACCCCGAUGGUAUGACCAUCGAUGAAGACGAUAAUUUAUGGAUCGCACUUUACUUUGGAGGAGCAGUUAUUAAAGCCAACCCUAGAAAUGGCCAAUUGUUACAAGUGGUACCUAUACCUGCAAGGGACGUUACAUCGGUAAUGUGGGGAGGCCCCAAUUUGGACAUUCUAUUCGUCACAACUUCGCGUUUCCAUUUGUCCGAAAGUGAGAGAAAAUCAUUUCCAGCUGCCGGAAGUGUUUUCGCUGUAACAAACUUGAAGCAAAAAGGGACGGCUCCUUAUUACGCUGAUUUGGUGGAUCAGGUGAGAAGAUCGAAUCUUUUGGCUGAAAUUCUACGCAAUACGACCGAGUUAUUUGCUCCCAUUCAGCAAUCCAAUGACGAAACGAGCAAUUUGCCUGUAAAUAAUGUUCCGAAGAAACGGACCGUACAAACUCAAGAAGUUCCAUUCUGGCAGACCAUAAUGAACACGAUUAGAAGCAUAUUUUAAACAAAUCUUGUAAUAAAUUAUGAAAUAGAUGUAUUUUUAUAAAA